UCGUCAGAUGGUUCGUACGACUCGGACGAUGAGCGCUUGGCACAGGAGGAGUGGGAGGAGAGCCUAGAGCAACUGGCGCAGCUCGUUUCAGUCGUGCUCCUGCCUUUCUUUGGCAAAUGGUUGGGUCGUCGAUGGAGUUAUUGGGCAUAUGCUCGAUAUCUUGAGCAUGGCAUCAGCCGGCCAUUCUUU